CCUGAAAGAGUACAUUGAAGGUUUGGUUCUUUCACGUCGGCAUCAUCACUGAGCCGUGGUUGUCGGGUUCUUCCGUUUAUCUCACACGAACAGCAACACUAGCUUCUCCCCGAAGAAAAGCCCAGAAAAUUUCAAAAUUAAAUAGCCUAGCAUCUCUGUUUUACUGGUUUUGCGUGUGAAGAGCGGUCUGGGAAUCCAUGAAUACGACACCGUUCAUGGAUAAGCAGAUUAUGGAUCUAACCCAAGGAUCGUCUUCGAGCAAGGAUUUCAUCGACCUGAUGAGCCGUCCUAAGGAGGAAGAAAAGGCAGACGCAGAAGGUGAAGCUCGCCGUGGCAGCCACCACCAAAUCGGUGGUAAUGGGAUUAAGGAGGAUAUCAUUCCCAGUUACGAUUUCCAGCCGAUUCGCCCACUCGGAGCUUCGACCCAGUCUUCCAAUCACGAUUCCAGCCCUAAUAUGGGAGGGAUUUCGAGGUCUUGGAAUUCUGACUCCAAGUCUAACUUUUCCACCCCAAUCCUUAGAAAUUAUAAUUCUCUGGACUCUCUUGAACCUGCAAAAGUCACAGUGGAAAAGGAUCAAAAUGCCUUUGAUGCUGCAAUACUGUCUGAGAUAGAUCAAACCAUGAAGAAGCAUAUGGACAAUUUGCUUCAUGUGCUGGAAGGCAUCGGUGCAAGAUUAACACAACUAGAAAGCAGAACCAACCAUCUUGAAGAUUCUGUGGAUGAGUUGAAGGUGUCUGUUGGAAACAACCAUGGUAGCACUGAUGGGAAAAUGAGACAGCUUGAGAAUAUCCUUAGAGAGGUGCAAAUGGGUGUACAAGUUUUAAAGGAUAAGCAAGAUGUGAUGGGAGCUCAACUGCAGCUGGCAAAGCUACAAGUGUCCAAGGUGGACCAACAUUCAGAAACUCAGGCUAGUGUAACUACAGAUCCUGUACAGCAAACUGCAUCGGCUUCUCAGCAAUUGCAACAACAGCUUCCUUCCCCUGUUAAUCUUCCACAAUCAGUUGCUGCGGUCCCUCACCCUAAUGCUCCUCCUCAACCUCUGUCCCAACAGGGUGUGCCACCUCCAGUUCAACUUCCUAAUCAAUUUCCUCAGGCCCAAAUUCCUUCUGUUCCUCAGCGAGAACCUUACUUCCAACCACCACCUCAAUCUCACGAGACCCCAAAUCAGCAAUACCAAUUGCCUUUAUCUCAACAGCCUCUUCCUCCUCCUGGGGCACCUCCACAGCAGCAAUAUCAACAAAACCCUCAACCUCAGUACCCUCAGCCUGUACCUCAUCCACCUCAACAGCAGCCAUCACCUUCUCCUGUCAGUCCCCCGCCUCAACUCCCAUCUUCAAUGGGUCACCAUGUGGAGGAUGCGUCUUAUAUUCCUCCUCAGAAUUAUCCACCCAAUGUCCGCCAACCACCAUCCCAGCCACCACCCAGUGGGCCACCUCCUGCCCAGCAAUUCUAUGGACCGCCAUCCCAUGCCUUUGAACCGCUCUCUAGUAGAUCUGGUUCAGGUUUUUCUUCUGGGUAUAGUGCACCAUCUCUACCUGCUGAGCCAUAUCAUUACGGUGGAUCGCCUCAGUAUGCUGUGGCUCCUCCAAGUGGAGGAAGUGGUUACCCUCAGCUUCCUACUGCUCGUGUGCUGCCCCAUGCAUUGCCUACAGCGUCAGCGGCAAGUAGCAGUUCUGGAUCUGGUGGAAGUGGAAAUCGGGUCCCCAUAGAUGAUGUGGUUGACAAAGUGGCAAGUAUGGGAUUCCCUAGAGACCAUGUGAGGGCAACAGUUCGAAAGCUAACAGAGAAUGGUCAAGCAGUUGACCUCAAUGUAGUGCUGGAUAAGCUUAUGAACGAAAGUGAUAUCCAGCCAAGAGGGUGGUAUGGUCGGUAGCAAGAGGGAAAUUGACGUAUAUCUACAUGUAUAGAAGCACCACUUGUUCCUGGGUAAAAAUUUAGGGGAAAGGAAGGAGGCUUGCUUCAUGAUUGGAUUGUGCCACAUUGGAUGCUUUGACUUUUAUUUCUUUCUCGAUUUGUUUUGUUGGAGACUUGAAACUGGUCUUUUGCCUUGCAUAUCUGAGACUCAUCUGUUUACUUUUUUUUUGGCACUAUGUAUAUUCAAAUAAGUGAUAGUGGAUUUUUUUAAAACGACUUGGGCCGUUUUAGUUAUGCCGUUUAAAUAUAGUUAGUAUGCUGCCUACAGGAUAUCCCAAAUCGCUGUAUGGGGUACUUUGAUUCGGGGCAAGGUCAGGUGGCCCAGUGACCUGUGAUGUUUUGUAUUGGGUAGGUAACUACCUUCUGUAGCACUGAAGCUUCGGCUUGCCUUCUUAA